AUGGGUGAUCUGGGACUGCAGCAGUGGGAACUCAGCGGCGGGGUGCUCCUGCACCUCCUGGGCGUGCUAUACCUCUUCCUUGGCAUUGCAAUUAUAUGCGAUGAGUACUUUGUCGAGUCACUCGAGCUUCUCGCAGACUACCUCAGCUUGUCGCCCGAUGUCGCGGGCUGCACUCUCAUGGCCAUAGGCUCGUCGGCGCCGGAGCUCGCAGUGGCGAUCAUCACAGGCGGCCCGGUGGCAGGGAAGAAGGGCGACGAAGGCAUUGCCACAAUUGUCGGCUCUGCGAUUUUUAACCUCAUGAUCAUCAUCGGGCUCUGCGCGAUUUUUGCCGGCAAGGUCCUUGAAAUCGCAGCCUACCCCAUCCUGCGGGACACCACAUUCUACGCUGCCUCCAUCGUCAUGCUCUUUCUGUGCAUACGCGAUGGCCAAGUCCUCUGGUGGGAGGGCCUCAUUCUGCUGCUGGGGUACUGCGUCUACCUGUUCUAUGUCGUCUACCUAAACAGCAGGGUGGUGCUGUGGCUCGAGACCCGGAGGCGGGGUGGGCAAAAGAGCACCAAUCGGGUGGUGCCAUCGGCCGACAUCGAGGCGAAGGCAGACUCCGACGCCAAGACCGACACUGAUAGUGCGGCUAGUGAGACGGGGACGCUGGGGUCGAUUGGCUCCAGCAAAGUUGCAGAUGGCACGGGCGAGGGCGAGGCCGACGAGGAGGGGCGACCAACUGCUCUGAGCAGAGUGGUGUGGUUAGUGAGCCUGCCGUAUGCGUGCCUCUUUCUCGUCACCGUCCCGGACUGCCGCAAGGAGCGCUGGCGGAAGUGGUACGUGGUGACUUUCUUCAUGUCUGUCAUUUGGAUCAUGGGGCUCUCGUUCGCGAUGCUUGAGCUCUGCCGCCGAGCUGGCUGCGUCAUGAAUCUGCCGCAAGCUGUCAUGGGGCAGGUCAUCAUCGCCGCUGGCACGAGCGUCCCCGACGCGCUCGCUUCCAUUUCUGUCGCCCGCGACGGGCAAGGCGACAUGGCGGUGAGCAACGUCAUCGGCAGUAACGUCUUCAACAUCUUUGUGGGCCUCGGCUUCCCGUGGAUGCUUUGCGACCUCAUCCGUGGGCCGUACGCGAGCUCGGCGCUGACGGAGGGCUUGGUCGCCUCGGUCAUAAUCCUGUUUGGGUACAUCCUCCUCCUGCUUGCAGUCAUGCUGUGCUCGUCGUGGAAGCUGAGGCCCUGGGUGGGCUAUCUCCUCAUCGCGCUCCAUCUCCUCUACAUUAUCUGGGUGCUGCUAACCUCAAGGUUGGGGGGAGACCCCGUCCUCACUAUCCCGCUGGUCAACGCUGACGAAAAUGGCGUGCUCUACUAG